UAACAGCAACGCAUACUAUACUUACUUCGGGUGCGCCCUCAAGUACACGCCAAGACACCGCACCGACUCGCCUUGUGUACCACCACCACCUUCUCCGAAUACUUCCCCCGGAGUACGCGAACUAUGAUCGGCACAAAAUUCUGGACCUUCGUCAUCGUCCUCCUAGGGACUCUUGGCUCGCUGGACGGCGUUCAUGACACCAGGAAUUACAACAGGAAGAAUCACCGCAGGAACGAGGUACGAGAACCGUUGCCCUCUGGAUCGUCCUUUGUGUUUGUCAACGCAAGCACCACGUUCCGUUGUCGCACUGUCGGCUAUUUCGCUGACACGGAUACCAACUGCCGACUCUACCACGUCUGCCACCGCGUGCCUGGAUCUCAGUCGACGUUCUUCUACAGGUACUCCUUCCAGUGCCACAACAAAACAGUCUUUAACCAGGCGACGCUGACAUGCACAAACCCGGACGAGUCACUACCGUGUGAGAUGUCCAAAGACUUUUACUUCCUUCACGGCAAUGAGCUGGACGACUCGGACUACAACUCGGACGGUGAGUUCCUGGAGGACCUCUUCGAGCCCGACUUCAACGUCCCCGUGUACGAGCCGCUGCGAGAAGAGCCCAGUGUGUCUCGGGAGCGUCAAGAAGACGAGCUGGACGACUUCCUGCUCGACGCCUGGGCACCCGUUGAGACUCAACCGCUUGAAGAGCGGGAACAGUUCGGUCGCAGGCUCAGCAAGGCGUCACGCGAGGGACGGGACCAGCCGCGCGCUCAGUCCACUGACCCUUGAAACUAUAACGGACCCUCAGGGCACUUUGUUUCGAAAUCAAGCCCACACAAGCCUCCAAAGAACGCACCAAAACGCGCAGUUUGUCAUUGUAUAUAGCUCAAAACGUAACUCCUACGGCCGUAAGCUAGCAUUUCCACGUCAAAGCAGGUCCGAUCAAUUUUCUUCCAAAGGACGCAGCUUACACACCCGGGAGAAAAACGUUUUUGCCAGAUUUCCUCCGGAUUGCCUGCCUUGAGAUGCGGCCACCGCCACUAUUACGCGGAGUGAGCUAAGCUGGAUAGUUGUAGUUAAUUAUUUUAUUUUGUUGGUAUACCAAAAACGCCUCCUUGACCGGGCGUUAGAUGACGGGUGAUGUUAUAUACACAAGGCACUUCGUGCGGGCUGUCGGAGCACCGGAAUCUGUUCUGCUUAGUUUUUUCUUGUCAAAAUGUCUUCGUUUUUUUUUUCUGACAGGUAAUAAGCUAUGCAGAAAUACACGUGGUCGUGGCCUUCUUCGCGAUUCUCCCCGACGGAAAACUCCACUAUUCAAAGCUUGUGCAUACAGCGCAUUAAACAUGUUGCUUACCAACGAAUAGGGGGCACUGAUAGGAAGAAAGAAGGAUGUACGAUGGACAAAAGUCACUUUCUCGUGGAAUGAAGAGCUUGUCAGUGGAAAUAUAUUUUAAACUAUUUUAAAUAUAUUUCAUUUCGAGCCAGGUCACUAGCUAGGGCUCAGAACUUCAUGUUUAAUUAUUACUUAUUCACUAUUACGGUUAUUAUGUUUUUUUUGCGAAGGUGGUCACGAAUUUCAAAUUUCCCUUUCCUCUCAGCGUAAUGCUUCUCCUCCCCUAAUGGUUAUUUUUCUUUUCCUUAAAACCCUCUUUUGCAGUCGGGUUACUUCUUCCAACUCUAGGGCUUAUAAUUGUCGUCUAUUGAAGCAUGAUCUUCCUGCUGCUAUCCUUUCUAGGUGCGGGCAAAUAAAAUUUCUGGACAAACUU